UUUACAUAUUUUUCCAUGACAAGUGCCUGGGACUUUAGGAGAGGGAGUCUCAUCUUCUGGUUGUUACACCCAAGCUGACUUGAAACACUGAGAAACUGUGCCAGGCAGUAGCUGCAGUUGAGUGAAGUUUAGAUGGAUGACUGGGAGGAGCACUGGCAUGAGUAAAUGUCAUUGCCUUUAAGUGUCCUUGCAAUUAGAAAGAAUAUGAAGUCAGCAUUAAGGUGCUUUAAGUUCUUCAGGAAAGCAACAGAAACAACGAGACUGAAUUUCCAGAUUGGGUCAUCCCAGCUGAAUAGAAGCAGGAGAUAUUUUUGUAGUCUUUGGUCUUUCAAGGUAGUAUGGCAAUGUGAGGGAAAAUAACCAGCUGUAAUCAUGAAGUGCAAAGCAGAGAGGUUAAGCACUUGUUCUUAUCACCCACUGCCCAAUGACCUCAAACAUUUUUACAAAUGCAAACAGGACAGCAUUGUCAGCCACCCUUGAAAGGCAGGGAAACUGAGGCAUAGAGUAGUAGGAUUACUACCUGGACUGAAAAGCUCCUGAUGAUUUAACUGCUUAGCAAGGCUUCUAAUGUGUAAGGACAAUAUCAGGGGAUAACCCACUAACAUGACAUGAGAGAUGAGUUUUAUAGCAGUUCAUUUUUCAUUCUGGGCAAGAAUUAGUUAAUAGAAGCAAGUUUUUAUGUUAUCCAAACCGUAUGGGUUUUUUCCCUUUUUUCCCUUCUCAACAUAUUGUUGCUUGCUGUAGCAGCUGAGUAAUGCAGAAGUUCUGCCUGAAAAUAAUGCUUCCUCCUUAUAUGAUAUUGCACAUAUUGUCAUGGAAAUUGUCCUCAUUUCCCCCGAGCACACUUUAAAUAACUCGAACAGCAGUGCUAAUGAGCAGAAAGAUAUCUGCAAUCCCCACCGUGCAACUUGACAUACUUUAUCCCACUCUGAAUUUCCCUUGCUCAUCAUUGAACAUUUUAAAGAUCUGGUACAAUAGUUUGCUUUCUCUCUUUGGUCCAGUCAUUCUGCUCUUAGCACUUGGUAAUAAAAGGUCAGCUUUGGCUGAAACCUCAGUGUUGCAGCCAUGCCGUUUUUUACUGCCAAAUACCUUAAGAAAAGCAAGUGUCUCCGAAAGGCUGGUGCAGGAGACCGGGAAAAGAUGCCUGUCAAUCAUGAAGCUUUCCUGCUCAUGGCUAAUUCCCAGAAUGAAAUGGAAGAUUGGGUGAAAGCCAUCCGACGGGUUAUAUGGGCUCCUUUUGGUGGAGGUAUUGCAAAUAGCUCACAUGCACAUAAAUUAAAACAUUUGCCUCAAGGGAUCUUUGGACAGCGAUUGGAGGACACUGUGCAGUACGAGAGGAAGUAUGGCCAGCGGUUAGCCCCACUGCUGGUGGAACAGUGUGUGGAUUUUAUUCGGGAGCGAGGACUUACAGAGGAGGGACUCUUUCGGAUGCCUGGCCAAGCCAACCUUGUCAAAGAUUUGCAGGAUUCUUUUGACUGUGGAGAGAAGCCACUCUUUGACAGCAACACGGAUGUUCACACUGUGGCGUCCCUCCUGAAGCUUUACCUCCGAGAGCUGCCAGAGCCUGUCAUCCCCUUUGCCAAAUACGAAGACUUUCUUUCUUGUGGACAGCUACUCUCAAAAGAUGAGGGAGAGGGUACUCAGGAACUGGUUAAACAGGUAAAGAAUUUGCCCCAAGCCAACUACAAUCUUCUGAAGUACAUAUGCAAGUUCCUUGAUGAAGUUCAGGCUCACUCCAGCGUUAACAAGAUGAGUGUUCAGAACCUAGCUACAGUAUUUGGACCAAAUAUAUUACGACCCAAAAUGGAAGAUCCAGUGACCAUGAUGGAAGGCACCUCACUGGUUCAGCACCUGAUGACGGUGCUGAUAAGUGAACAGGGGAGAAUCUUUGCUGUCCCUCAGGCAGAUGUGCCAGGGAGCCAACUGGAAAUCAGACCUGUGCGUCCACGCAACACUGUGGAGUGGAUCUCUGAGGAGGAUGGAGAGGACAGCAGGUCAGAAAGCAAUGUUCCCAGCCCUGCUGAUCUGCCUUCUGACAGUGCUGUGGCACUGGAGGCCACGCCUGGACCUGUACUGAAAAACACUCCUCCAGAGCACAGCAGCAAGUUGGCUCAGCCUGCCACCAGCCCCAGCAAAAGAGUGCAGACGCUGCCUCCGUGGAAAUACUCCUUCCGCCAGCAGGGAGCGCGGUCUGUGAGCCCAAAGCUGGGCAGCUCAUCCCUAGAUAUCCCCAAUCUCUCCUCCAGUGGAAACUGGCUGAUGAAUGGACUGUACUCUCUCCGAGGCCACCGCCGGACAGCCUCUGGGGAACGAGUUAAAGACUCUUGUUCUUCUCAAAGACUUUCUACUUAUGACAAUGUCCCUUCGUCCAACCUCUCCCUCAGCACGCACAGUAUGGGCAGCACCACGUGGUCUACAUCAUCGUGUGAGAUCUCCGUGGUGGACUCGGUCAGCAGCUGCCCAGCCUGUCGGGCCAGCGACUCCUCGGUUUUAAGCUCUCUCCAAACCGAGUGGAUGACUCAGGGCUCACUGUCUCAGAGUGAGGUCAAGACUGCAGAUCUGGAGAACAGCAUCGACAGGUUAGAAGCCUGCAGCAGCAGCAGUGAGCAGAGCAACCUAGCUCCAGCUUCCAGAGACUCUGUCAGAUGCUCUAUGGCCUUACAGAGCUUGGUGGUAGAGCUAAAGACAGAACUGAGCAAACAGAGGACUGAGUACGAGACCAGUAUCAAAAGAAUUGAAGAAGCAAGUGCAGACCUGAGGAAGCAAGUGGUUAGGCUAGAAGAAGAACUGGACCAAGAACGAAAGAAAUACACAAUGCUGGAGAUAAAACUGAGGAAUUCUGAACGUGCUCGGGAAGAUGCAGAGAAAAGGAAUCACCUCCUCCAGAAGGAAAUGGAAGAGUUUUUUUCAACAUUAGGAUGUUUAACUGGUGGGAGUCAAACUGCUAAAGUCCCCAAAUAGAACAACCUGAUGAACGUCACAGAAAACUCUAUUUCUGGCAAAACCAGUGAAAAAAAUGCACAUUUUGUUAAGUUAUACUCAUGUAUCAUGAGUAAUCCUGCAGCGAUUGUGCUCUCGGUGACAUGUGCUCUGUUGUCUUUUCAUGUUCUGUAGUAUUUGGGCCAGCUGGGAAAAGACUGCUAAACAUAAUGCUUGAACAUUUAGAUUUCAGAUUGCCAAGAAAGAGAGGACACACUUUCUAUCCACAGGUCAAAAGGUUCUAGUUUCCACUGCUGUACUUGUUCCAUCUUUGGAUUCCCUGCACCCUCCUUUUGCUGGUUCAUGGACAAGGGAAAGGCAUGGAAGGUGGGUGAGACCUGGGAGGACCACUGUUCUAGAAUGCCACCACAUACAGCGUGGCUUAGCAUAUGAAUUGAAUAUGAGGUUUUUUCCUCCCUACUCUCUACAUAAAGUUUGUUCAGAUGUCUCAUUGCUGAAAGUGGCAUUAUUUUAUCAAGAUGCUUUGAAAACAAUGUCUACUGAACAGCUAAAAAUACUGAAAAUUUUGACAGUUUCACUACGUUAUCCCUUAGGUACCAAACUGUUCCACUGCCUCACAAAAAUAUGACUUAUUAAAGUGUACCUGUUUAACAACCAGAUUGGCCACAGAAACUCACUGGAACUUUAAAUAUGCAUGUUUUGCCCUAGGUAACUUAUUUUUACUUUGAGCCAAAAAUAGAGCAGCAUUAGCUGCAAGAAAAAAGAAACCUCCUAUGAGUUGAUACGUAGUGAUCAGACAUCAAGGUAAGAAAAGGAAAAUUCUUAUAAUCAAAACACAUCCAACUGCUGUCGGUAUUUUAACUUGAAUAGCAAAACUACUGUAAGAGAAAUUAAUGCAGUUUGUGUUGGAGAAGGGAAAGGGUGGGAUCUAUCUUUAACUGUCACAGGAGAACAGUAGUUGAUUUUUUUGUUUGCAAGAAAGCUUAUGGGGAUAUGUGAGAAUAGAAGGAGAACUGCAAACAAUCCAGUAGCCUAAGUUUAUUACUUCUACAAAAAGAACAUACACUAUUAGAAUGAAUAUUGUAAUUCUAGGACUAUCAGGACUCACUUCCCUUCAAGGGACCAACUGACUUACUGGGGAAGUUCUGCAUAACAUUUGGAGGGCUCUGAGUCAUACAGAACCUGCAAAGAAAAGGCUGUUUCACCAGAUACAUCUUGAGGUGGUUUGCUAGCCCCUGCACUCACUUCAUUGUUUGCCCUCUUUUGGCAGAAAUCUUUGACAGCUGAUGCAGCUUGGGAGUCUCAAAGGAGAAUGAUUUUAACAGAAAAAUGCCAUGACCACAGGAACUGACUAGGAACUGGUAUAGACUGGAGCAAAGGUGCUCACUUUAUUUAACUACCUAAAAAGAAAAAUGACCUAUGACCUUGCUUUUUUUUCUUGGUAGAAAAGAAUAUAACUCAUCUGGCAGUAACCUUGGACUAGGCUUUUUGCAGUACCAGCAGACUGCACACCUUCUUUCACUGAUGUUCUCCUUAUCUCACUGGUGACUGAACAGAAGUUAACUUGUUUCCACUGUAGGGAUUCUUCUUCCCACAGAAAUGUAAACCAUUUAAAGCGAGCAAAAAGAAACAUUAGCCUCAUGUUUCCCGGUUACAGCAAAAGUCAAGCAAAGCAGUGAAAUAUAACUAAUCUUUUUGGGUAUUUCAGAACAGUUUCCAAGCAUGUUCAGCUGCACUGGAUUCUUUACUACCCUAUGGUGAAGCAGUGUGGCACAACCCUGACUGUUCAGCAGGAGCAGCUUGCCACCUGCAGGCAGCAGCAUCAGCCUCAAACCCCCCCCUCUUUGUAUUACUAACGAGCACCACCACAGAUCACAUCCUUCCAGGGUAUUACAACUGGGCACAACUCCUUACCAGCUUACAGGGUCACAACUGAGCCUGCAAGGAAGACAAGGGCCUGUUUAAAACUAUUAAUAUGCACAAAGCAUGAGGAGCAAUUCCUGUAACAAUGCAUCUCAACUUGAACACCAUAGUGGCUUUAGGCAGCGUGAAGUCCAAUGACAGUCCUCAAAAAUAAACGUUGGUAUCAAAGUAUAGCCUGUGCUAGGCUGUAAAUAACUGCAAUUAAAAUACCAGGCUGGUAAAAGUGACAGUUUGUACUACCAGAGGCAUUCAAUGCAAAGUAGCAGCAAUCAGAAUAUUUUUGUACCUUCUUUUAUUCUUACCCCAGCAUGGGUACUUUUCAUUAUAUCCAACAUCCUGACAGCCUACAUCCCUUAAACAAUUCAUAUUGCAUUACCUCCUGUAUGUUUCUAGUGCAGACUGCUCUCUAAUUCCAGCACACUACAAUACUGAGCCAUGCUGAUGGAGAGCCUAAAAACAAAUAUGCGAAGCAAGGAGAACAACUAAACCAGACUGCUCACUAGCUCUCAGAGAAAUCAAAUGAGUCAAUUCUCAAUAUUCUUUUAAGUACUUAGAAUACCAGACAACUGAUAUCUACAGCCAAAGUGAGAGACAAAGCCGCCUAUCCCAAGCCUUCAGCUCUAAGACAGGAUCACUUAUUAGCUGUAUUGCACUCUACACGAGCUAGCAGCCAGAAUAAAAUUAAUUCUUGUCAGUUUCACAGAGCAAACUGCAUCUACUCACAGCAAUUAAUGGCACUAACCUUUAGUUGACUGUUGUGAUCCAGAAAUAUGUAUUCCUCUUCUUCAGAAGUAAUAGGUCACUUUGAAGAUGAUCCGCUGCAAGAAGUUGUAGUGUACCCAUUCUUGAUAAAAUGUACCUUGGCAGGAAGCAAACUCUAAAGCGUGGUAAGAAACAUGUAAUGUUCAUUUUCCUCUCAUGAGCAAUUUUGCAAGAAAUGAGGAUAUGCUCACGCUGUUGGACAUAACCCCAUGGAUCACCAUGUCCUGAUUUGAUGAGGAUAAUACUCUCUUCAGUGACAGCUGCUGUUUCCACGCUCUUUUCCAACCACUUCAUUUGCCUAUCUCACAGAUCUGAGUGCACUCCUUAUUUUGCAGACAUUUAGCUUCUUCUAGCCCCCUCCCACCACCACCAAUUAAAUUGAAGCCUUAACAAUGGUUUACAGGUUUGCUAGUCCUAAAAAGACACAGAAUCAGGUAACUUCCUAGCCUGAAAUAUCCCUUUCAGUAUUAUGCAGGCAAAAAAAAGUAAAAAAAAAAGUAAAAAAAAAAAAAAAUUCAGUGAAAGAAACACAACAUAAGCACAUACUUGAAAAAAAAAAUAAAUCCAAAGCCAAAUAAUAAAGAAAUUCUAUAGGUCUCCAUGGUAUUUCUAAUAUGAAAAGGAAAAGCAGUAAUGCUAACUUAAUAACUUAAUGAGUGAUCCACAUUUGCCAAAGAGCUCUAUACAAGCCAGCAGCACUAUGGAGAGUUUCAGCUUUAGGUUUAUCAGCCAGAACUACUGCCCAAUAUGUUAAAACAAUGAAGUUAACACAGCCAAAUCCCUGACAGAGCUAGGAUUGUCUAAGGCCUUGCUCUAUAUUCAUGUGUUACUUAGAACCAGCCUCACUUUAUGCUAACGUAGGCAAAUAAAAAAGAGCAUCUCUGAGCCUCACCACUUUCCUAGAAGAACACCUCCAGAAGAACUGCUCCAGAUGAAGGAAGCAGGCUGCACUGUCCUGCCCACAGCUGCAGCACCUUCGUGUCAAAAAUGAGAUGCAGAAACAAUGUGGCAGCAUGCAGCCAAACACAACUUGAGGGCAUCCUGAGUCUUCAUUUAAAGCAACUCACAGAGCCUGCUGGAAAUGAAGGUAAUGAAAUAAAUACUGGUAGUACCAGUGCAGGAAGUGGUCCUGUUACCCAAAUUUACUCUCCAGUAAGAGCCCUUCAAAAAUCAGGUAUCUUAAAGCUUCUCUGGCAAUCAGUUUUGAGGAUUUUUUUCCUAAAGGCCCUGUGCCCUCACACACUGGAAGGGCCAUAGCUUACCUCUUUCUACCAGUUGUUGGAAGGGCCCAACAACUUCAUUACCAGGAGGGCAGGCAGACUGCAGUUGGUAGCAAAAAAAGUAAAAAUGGAAGACAUACAGCAUUUUUUGCCUACAGAUGAGCUCAGACACAAAAGAGAACAUAAAUACCAUUUAAAACAUUUUUCAGGAUAGACCAACACUAAUACAGCUUCAGCUGCAGUCUUACUGUCAAGUCCAUGCUUGUCAUUCCAGCCUAGCAAUGAAGAAACACUAAAUGCAUAGUGGUCAAGCUUUUUUUUUUCCUUUUUUAUUUAAAAUAUCAUUAUAACCAAUUAACAUACUAGAUAACAAUGUAUACAUUCCAGUGGUGCACAUGUAAUGACCUAUGGCAUGAAUGAUUGAAAAAACCACAAUGCUUUCAGUAAUGCCCCACCAACUGCUUAUUUGGAGGGAAUAAAAGAAAAACAGGAAAGCUAUCAAAUGCAGGGAAGAAAAAAAAUAGCUCUCCCACUAUUUUUCAUGACUUAUUUUCCCCUUAGUAUUUCCUGGGACAAAACAAAAUUAAGAAUGUACUUUAAAAGGGGCAGAAGGAAUGAUCACAAUCAUUAAGGUGUUUUUUUUUUCCUUUCUCAACUUUAGUAAUAAAAGCUAAAGAACUCUCAAAAAUAGACUAGAUAUUGGGCCUACAAAAGUAAUUCAUCUGUAUGCAAAGCUUACCAAGAAUUAUUCCUUUUGUAAAAUGUAAAGGAUGAGCUGACACUACUAGUAAACUAUUCUUACCUACAAAACCAGACUACAAUAAUAAAAUCACCAAUUUACAGCUAACACAAUAUUCUAGAUGUACAUUAUUGUACACAAGCUAUAUAUUACACAUGAACAUCUUACGUGAAAAUAUGUAAGAAACGUAACUACUGAUAUUGUCUCAACAUUGGCCAAAAGGUUCAAUUUUCUAAAGGAAGUGUAAUUUUCUAUUUCACAUUCAGUGUAGUUCCAAUAGCAAGGGUUAGCUUUGCUUAUUUAGAAACGUAGAUGGUUUGUGUGAGGUAGAUCAAGAAAACCUUGCUAAAAUUUUAACGGCAAAAGUGGAAACAAUGUUAUCUGAUUUAUAACACAUCCAUAAAGAAGAGAGAUCCGUGUUAGGAUGUAAAAGAGAUCAACUGAAAUAUCACUUUAAUCCAGUGCCCAUAAGUAAAGAUAAAUAAAACGAACUGAAAAUUUAGUUAGGCAGUAGAGUCUCAUCACAGAUUUCCAUUAAUCUUCCUAAUCCUAUGCAGACUGCUCUCUUUCAGCUCCAAUCCUCAAACUAUAUCCAGACAGGUGAACCAAAAAUUUAACAAGCAAAUGAAAUAUAACAAUGUGAACAAACUGCUGUUAACAGCAAAUAUUGGAUUCCUGGUUGGGCAGAAACUAUCUACCUGUACUAGCUCUUUGAUCAUCUUCUUUAUGCAACGUUGAGAUUAAUGCCGAAUGUAUUAAUGCUGAAGCAUUAUAAAUAUAAAAUGUCAGUCAAGGUGCUGAAUUUUUGCCUUCUAACAGAAUAGUCUUUAUGUUCAGAGAAGUAAUUUUCCAUAAAGCAAACCCAUGUCAAUAACAUUCUGCUUGUACACUGAAACAGCAGAGGGUGCUAUUGCCAUAACCAUCCCAUUUACAGCUCACUACAUCCUCUUAAAUUCACACAUAUGUGAUUACAUGAUUCUGUGUGUGCAUGGAGCAGGAAGGUUUACCAGUUUUAUACUGACAUUAUCUUUGUCUCUGGCUGGGAUUCUCAUCCAAAAAGAUACUAAUAUACAUACAGUAAAGCAAGAUUUUUCUAAACCAAAAACCCAAGCUGCACAGUGCCUACAUAGAGGAAAGCACCACCUCUCUUCAGGUUAGCUGGAGGAGUGAAGCAGAGGUGGCCUGGUCAGUCAGGCUGCUCUAAGGUUGUUCAGCUGAUGCUCUGGCAGUCCAGCUUCCCCCCCCCCCCCCCCCCCCCCC